UACAUCCUUUGUUUCAUGCCCCUAAGUUUUACCCUCGACUUAUCCAUGGGUCCUAUCAAAAUCCAUAAUUUUGGCCCCCAAACCUGCCCUCGACUUAUACACGAGGUCAACUUAUAGUCAGGAAUAUAUGGUAGUUUAUGUCAGUGUCAUGCGCUAAUUCCCUAUAUCUUGCCUGAAUCUUUAAUGGUUUAUUUCUGCCGGCUGACCGUGGGGUCUGAGUUUUUUUUGGGGGGGGGCAUGUAGAACAAGUGGAUUUCUGUAUCCACUUUUUUUUAUCCUAUCGAUAAUUGUAUGCACUUCUACCAUGACCCCCUCCUCACUCGCUUUAUUUUUCUAAGCUAAGAAGCCUCAAAUGUCUGUAGCCAUUUUUCAUCAGAAAGUUGCCCCAUCCACUUGAGAGUCUUAAUUGCCCUUUUUGUCAGCAGUUACACAUGACUCUGUGCUCCAGGGUUGGAAAUAGCUUGCCUCUGAAUACCAGUUGUGGGAAAGGGCUUGUUGCAGGUUGGGCCACAGUGAUACAUGGGAGGCUGGACUAAAGGUCUGGUCCAGCAUGGCUCUUCAUAGGUUAUGAGUAAGCAUAGGAUUGUGCUAUUCAGUAUGUUAAAUGCUUCAAUAACAUAUUAAUUGCUUGAUAUUUCCUGCAUUUUAACCACAACAGAAAUAUCUCUCAGGCAUAGUUUGAUUGAAUCUGAUAUAGUCAGGUAUCUGUUUUAUUAAGGACUUUUAUAAAGGUGCUAAGAGAACAUUGUGUUAGUUUUAUUUUCAAAUGACAAGAUGACAUUUAGCAGUUCCGUUUUCACGUAUCAGACAGCCUUUAGGAGUUGAUUUUCCUCUGUGUCGAUUCCCUGUCUCCCCUCUCUGCAUUUUGAGUGCAACUUAAACUUCUCUAUAGGGAAACUCUCUCAGGAUUGCCAGAAUUGUGUCCAGGGCAUCAGACAAAGCAACUAAAAGCUUCCACAAGAUGCAGCAAAUACAAUCGAAAUCUCAUUAGAUACCUCUAGUGUUAGUAUUUGUUGGAGUUUGCCGUUUUUCCAUGUGGCUUUUUUGGAUGCAAGGGUGCUGGUUGAGAGCACUGCAGGGGUCAGUUUGCAGCCUCCACAUAAUGGUAUUUGCCUUGUCUUACACUCCUGCCCAUCUUCUGUCAUUACACAAGACACUACUAUGAGAGACCUCUUGUCUUUUCACUCCCACCUGAUGAGGAGGCUCAGGUUGUAUCCACCCCAAAAGCGUCUCCAGCACUCAACACAUUCACUUCUGUUGCAUCUUCAGAUGGAAUUGAAUGUAUUCUUUUUCUGCAAGCAAGCAAGCAUCAUUUCUCUUGUUUAUACAGUAGGGCCUUCCCAGUGUGUGUCUUUCCUCUCUCACACAACUUCACCAACCCAAGCUUCCUUCUGGAUAAAAAGAUGUAGGUUGUGUCUCUCUGUAACAUCAAAUGCUGUGAGUGCUGCAAUCUUUGGGUGCCCCGGAUGUGAUGGGGAUGUAGUAUUUUCACAUUCUCGUUGUCUCAGUCAAAGCAGCUCAUAUCACACCAGUCAUAAUAAGCUGUACUUAACAACUCAGUCUUCGUUUUUGUGGGCUGAGUAGGAAAAAAUGUGAUCAGCGAAAGGCAUGGUUCUGUAUGGCUUUGUAAAAGUUACCAGUGAUGUACAGAGAUAGUUGCGAUUAUUGUUUUGCAGUUGGUUGCUUUACAUCUUUUAUAUUUGAACUACAACCUUAAAUAUGCAUUUUGUUUUUAAUAAAUGAAAUUGGAGUUUCAAGUGUAAGCUCAUGUGCGCUCUCUUUCUGUUUCUUUGAUUAUUUUUAGGACAAAAAUGUUUCUUUUCUAGCUGCAAAUGGUGAAACUUGUACAAUAAAUUGGUUUGCUUCAUUCCCUCCCUCAAAAAAGCCAGUAACAACAUUUGGACAUUGGAGACUUGAGAGAUACCCUCAUUGCAGCUUUGUUAUAAGGAUUUCUUUUCAGUUGCAUGAAAAGGGGGUUCUGUGGUGACCACUCAGGUUGCUCUUUCAACAGUGCAAUUGCAUUUUCUUUUUUACAGUUACAACCAAAAUAAAUACUAUUUUUUUGGAAGAAACUUUGCCUUGUUCUGCCUCUGUGUUUUCAGUGGAGGUGUGUCUUGCUUUAGAACCCUAUAAUCUCUGUAAUGAACUGUAUUGAAACAAUGUCAAAGUGUAACUUAAAGGUUUAGCCGUGGGAAGAGCAAGUUACUAAGGUUUUCAAGAAGGCUUGGAAUGUGAGGUUUUCAAGAGAAGGAUGAGCAAGUGUCUGAGUCUGAAGUAAAGUAUAGGAUAUCCAGGAUUGGCUAUUACAGACAAUGGUGGGCAUCCUGUUUGUCAAAUACACAAGUUGCCAGUGGGCAUCGGCUGCUUCUGCUUCUGGCAUGUCUAUCUUGGGCAUUUUCUUUCUUGGCAAUACCACCAGGCAGCAGCAGCACUAGAGAAGGGGCAGCUUGAACAAGCAAAGAAGCCCCCACAUCUGGGCUGAGAAAGAACAUGCUUCUUCAUCCGCCACCUGUUUCCCCAGGACUAGGGCUCAAACAAGAAGCACUGUGGGCCAAACCUCUGAAAACUUUGGCUCGUGAGUCUGAGAAACCUACCCCUCCCAAAGCAACCAAGCCAGUCUCCCAGCAACCGAGGACGCACUCAGCUGGUACCCAAGGCGUCCCUUUGGCCAGUGGAAAGGAGAGGCAUGGGUUUCAGGCAGGGCUGUUGUGUGCCUUGAACUGCCAAGGCGGAGCCAUGGAAGGACUGAGCGUCUCGGCUGCCUUUCGGGAGCACCUUCGCAGGCUGUGCCUGAACCGCUUUCCCUGCGGGAUCGGCAGCUGGAACAGGUCCCGUUUCCCACCAAGGAAAGGCAAAACUUUUGGCAGCCAUGCCUACAUCCUGAUCAAGCAGCCUUUUCGUGGUGGACUUCCACCUCCUGAGGAAGAGACGGCAGAAACACUGACUGAGUUUCUGAGGAGUCCUGGCUCACUCUGGGUUCUGCCCCCCAAAUGCAACGCCGCGGACCAGCAACUCAGAGAACUAGCUGUGCAGUUUCCACAGAUCAUCCAAGACAGUUUCAUCUUCUCCUACUUCAGAUCACUUCGGAUUGUCAACAAAAAAGUGACUGAAAUUGAUGCUGGUUUGUUAAAGUUUCCAAACUUGGAAGAGCUCGUCCUGAGCACAAAUGAGAUCAGCAAAAUCAAUUCUGCUAACCUCCCUCGGACGCUGAAGGUGCUGGAGCUUUGUGGCAAUAAAAUGAGCAGCUUGAAGGACUUGUGCAUCAACUCACCGCCAGGACUUCAGCACCUUGGCCUAGGCCACAACCGUCAGCUCAGCUCACCUGAAGAGCGAUACAUCACCGCCAAAGGCUGGCCAAGCCUCGUCUCCCUCGACUUGAGCUAUAAUAAUUUCACCAACUUGCUAAACCUCCUUUCAAAGCUGUCGAAUCUGGAGAAACUCCGGAUCCUUAUCCUGCAGGGGAACCCGCUUGCUCUGCUUCCCGGCUAUCGGGGGUUCACGAUAGACAGCCUCCCCAAACUUUGCAUCCUGGAUGAUGUGAUCAUUACCCCGGAUGAGAGGCACAACUUCUUAGGCCUGGCGACCGAACCAGAGAUUCUGAGGCGCAGUGCUAAAAUGAUUGUCUCCAUUGGCAAAAUCAGAGGGGUUCCCUAUCCCAUUGGCCCAGAGGAGUUAAAAAGUGGCCCCGAGUCUCCGGUGAUCACCUACAACUACUAUGUGACAUACGAGUUUGCCAAAGGUGAAAAAAGACAGAAAGAAACUGUCAAGGUUGCCUUGUCCCACCGUAGUCAGUUAACACCGCUGAACCUGAAAAGCUUGCCAGUGAUAGAGGAAGAUGAUGGCCAAGGUCCCUCAUCUCAGGAGGUGCCUGUGAAACUGCCUCCUGAAACUGGAACGAUUCAUUCCACCCCUCGAAAGCCCUGGGCAGAGACCAUUGACUGUGAAUACAAGAAAGAGCACAUCACCAGAGACCUGGUUACUUUGAAGGCCUUCCUUCUCGCUGGGACCACUGUGGCAAUUAUGGAAGAAAAGAUCGUGUCCUGGCCCAUCAUUGUCCCACCAGACGAAAGCCAAACCAAGAAAGGAAAGGGAAAAACAGAGAAGGGGAAAGUGGAGAAAGGGAAAGCAGAGAAGGAGAAACCGGAGAAAGGAGAGAAAGGGAAAAAGGGGAAAGGAAAGGAGGAGAAAGGAAAAGCAAAAGACGCUGGAAAGGGUGGGAACAAAAAGAAAAAGAAAUCUCCUUCACCCGACCUACAAAGUGACCCCCCCAUCUUGAAAACCUUGGGCUCUGGCCAUGUCAAGCUAGAAAGCCUUGUCGCUGGGGAAUCGCAAGUGAACGUUGUGUGCAAUUUUGGCGUUCUGAUAACAGACUCAACUAUGAGGCCUCCACCUGUGAAAGAAAAGGUUAGUAAAAAAGGCCCGAAAAAGGACAAAAAAUCCAAAACUGGGACAGAGACUGCAGGAGCCCCGAAAACCCCGCCACCUGCGAAAGGGAAGGGCAAGAAGAAAGAUUCUCCUGAAGGAGACAGGCGGACUCUGCUGAACCAGCCAGUGCCUCUGAGUGUGGAAUUCCAAAUGCAACAUAUGAAAUGGACCUCGACUUCGCAAGUCCUCACCAAGGCCUGAGUGUUGGAAUCGGGGCCUUGCGGCCAGAUCAGGUUUUGCUUUACAACGAACCCUGGGAGUCAUGGACAGGCCUUCCCAAGAACAUCACUGAAGUUCUGACUGAAGCCGCAGCUGAUGGCAACAGGCUGGGCAAGUGCCAGCCAAAAGCAAUACCAGGGCAGGGAGGCAUCUUUCUUCCUCAUCAGCAUACAGUACUGGGACUGGAAAUCCAGCCGCUUUGCCUCUCUUUUUGUGGGAUGGUUACGUAUUUAUUUCCCUUUUAAAUGUGUAUAUCCUUCUCUGUAUUUCAAAACCUCUGGGCAAGGCACUAGCAAUAAAACAACAUUAAGCCACUCUUAAUCCACUUAUCUAGGGCAAAUGGCCUUUCCUUUGGAUGGGGACCUGGGCUGCAUGAAAUAAUUCAGUUUGACACCACUUUAGCUGCCACAGCUUCAUGCUGGGGAAUUCUGGGAUCUGUAGUUUGCUGAGAUGCUCAGCCUUCUCUGUCACAGCACUCUGGUGCCACAGCGAACUACAGUCCCCAGAAUUCCACAACAUCGAGCCAUGGCAGUUAAAGUGGUGUCAAACUGGAUUAUUUCUGCAGUGCAGAGCCAGCCUGGGUGCUAGAAAAGUCCAUGCAACCCAAGAGGCACACUUUUCCCACUCCUGGAGUUAGACCCACUGAAUAAAUGGUUGAAUGGUAUGUCAAGAUGUUGGCAAAUCCCAUUGGUUAAAUGGAUUUAUUCUAUUUGGGACUAAGAUUUGGAUUCAGCCCCUUGUGUUUCUCCCAUACGAACUGUCCUUUGUGGUACAAUGACGCCAGAUGACAAUAAUGGAUAGGGAAAUGGAGGUAUGGAACCAUAGAGUCGAAAGGGUUCAAAUCCCCGUUCUGUCAUGGAAACCCACAAGUCUCACACUCUCAGCCUCAGAGGAAGGCUCUGGCAGCAAACCUCCUCUGAACAUACCUUGCCCUUGAAGGCACGUAAUAAAUAAUAAGUGGGGAAAAAGGAAAUAAAUUCCCAGAAAGAAACCUUCAAUAUUAGUAGAACCGAAAAUGAUUUUGUUUCCUUUUUUUAUCAACCAGACAGAAAAGACAGUCCCAUAAAGAGAGCUGAGAAACGGAAACCAUGACCACAGACUGCAGUGACCCAAAACUAUGCGCAUUGUCUUCCUGUCAUAGAGUUUACAGAAAUGCAUAAUUGGGGGGAAGUUAGACGAAUGCGGUUCCUAUGCACCAUUCAAAAAAUAUAUAUUCAAAAACCCAUUUUAAUUUUGGACAUCCUUGGUCUGCAGCCAUUGCAAAGGUGAGAGAAACAUCUUUCUCUCUUGGCCUCCGAGUCCCCAUUUUGGGGAAAGGGUGGGCUAUAAAAUAACAACAACAACAACAUCUUCUCCACAACAGCCCCAAAAACACAGGCCAGGAAGGAAGAUGGUGAGGUUUGUUGGAAGGACCUGAGCAUUAGUUCAAGGGUGCAUCUACAUGUUAGAAAUUAUGCAGUUUGGCCCCACUUGAAGUGUUGUGGCCCCAUCCUAUGGGAUCCUGUGGGAUUUGUAGUUUUACAAGGUGUUUAUAGCCUUCUCAGCCAAAGGUCUAAUCCACACUGCAGAAUUAAUGCCAUUUUACACUGCUCAAACUGCCCCGUCUCUGGGACCCUGGGAUUUGUAGUUGGAUGAGCUGUUCACCCUGGCUCUGUCUGAGAGCUCUGGGGCCACCAGGAAUCUACAAAUCCCAAGAUGCCACAGGAUGGAGCCA